GCGAGCCCUGCAGGGCCUUCCGAGCCAAGCUGCUCCCGCAGUGCCGGCCCAACCUGUUGAAACGACCGCUGUGCCUGACCCAGCCUCCGCUGCAGUGUUUGCCGAAGCACCUGUUAACCCGAGACCUGCUAGCCCAGCCUCCGCUGCAGUGUCUGCCGAAGCACCUGUCCCGACACCUGCUAGUCCGGCCCCCGCCGCAGUGUCUGCCGGAGCACCUCUCCCACCGGCGAAGCCAGCCUCUGCCGCCGCAGUGUCUGCCGAAGCACCUCUCCCGACACCUGCUAGUCCGGCCCCCGCCGCAGUGUCUGCCGGAGCACCUCUCCCACCGGCGAGGCCAGCCUCUGCCGCCGCAGAGUCUGCCGAAGCACCUGUCCCGACAGCUGCUAGCCCAGCCUCCGCAGUGUCUGCCGAAGCACCUCUCCCGACACUUGCUAGCUCCGCUGCAGUGUCUGCCAAAGCACCUGUCCCGGCACCUGCUGGUGUCCCUACGGUGCCUGCUGUACGUGCUUCAGGUGAAGCCACCGCCGCAGUUUUCCCUUGGCCUUGUAACUACGUGGCUGCAGCUGCAGCCAGCAGCCCAGCCUCCGCUGCAGUGUUUGCCACAGCACCUGUCCCUGUUGUUGAAGCACCUGUCCCGACACCUGCUAGCCUAGCCGCUGCAGUGUCUGCUUCAGCACCUGUCCCGACACCUGCUAGCCCAGCCUCUGCCGCAGUGUCUGCCGGAGCACUUCUCCCGACAGUGUCUGCCGAAGCACCUGUCCCGACACCUGCUAGUCCGGCCCCCGCCGCAGUGUCUGCCGGAGCACCUCUCCCGACACCGGCGAGGCCAGCCUCUGCCGCCGCAGUGUGUGGCGAAGCACCUGUCCCGACACCUGCUAGUCCGGCCCCCGCCACAGUGUCUGCCGGAGCACCUCUCCCGACACCGGCGAGGCCAGCCUCUGCCGCCGCAGUGUCUGCCGAAACACCUCUCCCGACACCUGCUAGCCUAGCCUCCGCCGCAGUGUCUGCCGGCCGCCCGGCCUCCACCGCAGUGUCUGCCAAAGCACCUCCCCCGACACUGGCUAGGCCGGCCUCCGCCGCAGCACCUGCCGAAGCACCUGUCCCGACACUGGCUAGCCCAGCCUCCGCCGCAGUGUCUGCCGAAGCACCUGUUCCGCGACCCCUGAUGCUUGCCGUCCCUCACACCACUUUCUUUGCGGCUGCAGCCGAGGCCGUGCCCACGCAGCCUGCAGUCGACAGGCCUAGCCUGAAACGCCGACCGCCGAUCGACCCGGAUGCCUUACCUGUCCUGACACCAGAGCACAAAGCAAAGUAUGCCAACUAUUGGACGUCUUACUUCAAGAAGCAGAAAUCGGAGUCCGAACUGUCGAUGCCAAGCACCCCGCCGACAACGUCGCCGACAACGCCGGCUUCUACCGUGGAUUCGAAUGACAUGCUGGAGAGCCUGAUGCAGAAAGCCCGACACGACAGUGCUUUUCUGUCGAGGCUGUUGUCCUUGGCAGGCCUGGACUCCCCCAGUGCUUCCGUUGCUCCACCACUGAGCACAUCUUCCGCUCCUGCCAGCCUCGAUCCUGUGCCCAGUCAAGUGCCGCCGCAGCCUGCUCCUGCCGUUGCUGCUGCAGUCCCCACGGUGCCCAAUCCAGCUUUGACAGCUGCUCCUGCAGCUCCCGCAAUGCCCGUGGUGACAGUGCCCGAGGCUGCUCCUGCCAGUGCUAUGCAGACCCUGGAAGUAGCUGUGCAGCAGGAAGAUUUCAAGUGCACGAGCAAGACGCAUCCUGCUGCUUGGGCAAAGAUGAAUCGCUUCGUGGCGAGAAACGAAGUGUGCAAGGAGCUUGGCAAAGCCUGGCAGGCGGGUGGUGACACGCGACUGUCGAUGUUCCAGAAAUGGGUCGCCGUCAACGGAAGGGGCUUGGACCUCGAAGCAGCCGUGCAGAUGAAGGUCAUUCGAGAAACGGAGGAGGUGGAUCAAGGAGUCUACGUCAGCUGGUCGGGUGUGCUGGCCCACUUCGAGCAGGACAUCAACAAGAGCCUCGCCUUCGCCGCAAGGCGCCGGGCCGAACACAAGGGCACCAAGCGAGAUCGCAAUGACCCCACAGUGGAGAAAUUCCUCUUGUGGAACGAUGCGACUGUGACGGACGAGGUGUGUCUCGAGGUAGGCUGUAAGGUUGCCGAUGUGGAGCAGCUCCUCUCGUCAAUGGACUCGGACCCCUUGUUCUACAAGAGGAAUGCACUGCCGGAGCGAGGAGCUCCGGACUCGACGGUCACGGAGGCGAAGGCCAAAGCCAAGUUUCAGAAGGAGAUGUACACCGAGCUGCCGGCCGAUUGCUGUGCUGAUGAUGUCCAGGAGUUUGUCACGAGCUGGAUGGCAGCUGUGAGUGACGCACAGGGCCAGGCUGCGAUCCUGUGUUCCGAGCUUCAGGACUUGGAGAGCCAGGAAAAGCUCAUGGGCUUGAUCGAUUCGGUGAAGUUGCAAUUGGCCGAUCUCCGCAAGGAAAUGGGUGCCAUCAACGUGGGAUCCGAGGAUGCAUUGACUUUGGUGGCGGCCGUGUGCGACAAGGCCAAGCCGCUCGUGAACUUGUACAAGAUCACCGCAGAGAAACAGCAAACCAUGCCGGCCAAGAAGAAGAGCAAGACCGACCUCAAGAAUGAGGAAGGGAAUGAGUGA